AUGGCCACAAAAUUUCUACUGGCGAAUGUCAACCACUGUGCCAGAGCUCAGGACUUAUUGCAACAGAGCAUGGCACAGUGGUCGACCCAGAUAUGUGUNGGGCAUUUACAGGGCCCUAUGCAGGCGGCCCUCAAAGAGGCCGUCGUUAUCAUCAGUGCGGCUACCAACAUCCUCGCUAGCCGCACUGUGUCCGAAGAAGUGCACGACCUUCAAGCACAGAACGACGUCCUGAGGGCCGAAAUAGACGAAAUGAAGAGAGAGAUGGGAGAACUUAAGGCCCAACUCCGGGCGAAAGCCCCCACUAAGGAGACCCAGGAAGAGACGACACCCUCCAAUAUGGAGGAGUGGGCGGCGAAGAUCAUGGGUGUGAUGACGGCGCGGAUCAAUGCCCGAGUGGAAGGGCUGGAGCCGCGCCUGAACCCCGAGCCCAGGCUUCGCCCGCCUUUAAGCUUCGAAAAGCGACGAGAGGAGGCCCCUUUACAGCCUUCUGUCAGCAACCCGGCGGCGACAAAACAAGCGGCAAGAGGCGCAACCGAGAGGGUCGCAGACCAGCCGCCUUCGGUCUCCUCCAACCCAAAGACCGGAGAAGCCAAGAAAGGCAAAAAGAGGAAGCAGAAGAAGGGGAAAGCCUCUAAGGCGCCCCCGGCAGCCACUGCUCCACCCGUCCCUCGUCCUCUACCGCCUGCCCCGACCUCAAUGAACGAGGGCUGGAGCACAGUGGCGAAACGAGGUAAGACGGAUGGGAAGGAAGAGAAGAAGGCGCCCAUCAGGGGCCAGAAAAAGGCGGCUAAAGCCGCUGUGCCGAAAGCGCGUCCACCAAAGUCCGCAGCUGUGGUGCUGUCAAUACAGCCGGCGGGCAGCGAGAAGGGCGCUACCUAUGAAAAGGCCAUCACGGAGGCAAAGAGACGGGUGGACAUUGCCGAAUUAGGCAUCGAGGCCGUCCGAUUCCGCAGAGCGCUCACAGGUGCCACCAUCAUCGAGGUACCGGGAGCGGCGAGCGAUGAGAAGGCCGAUGCCCUCGCUGAUAAGCUGAGGGCAAUCUACAAUGAGGAGGAAAUACGAGUGUCUAGGCCCACGAAGUGCUCUGAAUUGAGAGUAGCAGGACUAGACGACUCGGUAACACCCGAGGAAGUGGCGGCCGCAGUGGCCAAGUUGGGAGGAUGUUCCGUGGAGGCUGUCAAGGUUGGCGGUCUCCGUAGAGACUACACGGGACUUUUCGCCGCCUGGGUCCGUUGCCCAGUUCUAGCGGCCAAAAAGGUGAACGAGGGCCGUCUCCUGGUUGGAUGGGUUGCCGCCAGGGUGAGGCUUCUCCCAAACCGCGAACUGAGAUGCUUCCGGUGUUUGGAGGCCGGACACGUCCAGGCGGUAUGCCCGGCGGACGUGGACCGCAGCCGGCAAUGUUUCCGGUGCGGGCAGCUAGGCCAUGUCGCGGCCAAGUGUGAAAACGAGCCACACUGUACACUUUGUGCGUUGGCCGAUAAACCCGCGGGGCACCGCGUGGGCAGUAAGGCCUGCAAAGCCCCGGGGACGAAGAUAGGAAGGAGAGCGGCGGCAAGUGCCAAGGGCCAGCCAAAGCCAUCCAGCCCCACGGGGCCUGAGGAGACGCAGAUGGCCGGCGAAUAA